UAAAUGGGAGUAACGGCGAUUGAUCUGGACCGUCCAGUUACUCUUCUUCCCUCUCUUCAAAAUCGGGGGGAAAAAUGCAAAAAUCCCUUAGCGCCAAAACUCGCUCUUCUUCUUCCUCAUUUCAAAGCAGAACUAGGGUUUUGAAAUAUCUGACUCUCGAUCCAAAAACCCUCUCUGCACAAGCAAUGGACUCUUCAUCUUCUCGCCCGAUCCUCAUCCACGACGACAAUGUAGAUGCGCAAUCCGACGAUGCCUUUCUCCAGUUCGUCGAUUACGCGCGAUCGAUGCUAUUGUCGGAAGAAAACGGCGAAUCGGACGUAGGAGAAGAAGACGAGAAUCGGCGGGGCCUAUCAUGGAGCUGGAUCGUCUCUCGGAUUCUGAAGACAUGCAUCGCGUACUCCAGCGGAGUCACUUCCGCCAUUCUCUUAUCCGAUCUCUUCCAGGCAUGGAAUGAGCAGCAUAGAUCUGGGAUUUCAAAAGGUAGACUAGAAGGCAUGGUUUGUAUGAGGAAGAAGCACAGGAGAACGAGGCUUCCAAACACCGUCACAGUUGAUUCAAUUUAUGAGAAAAAUUUCCUUUCAGUAAAUAGUGUCUUGGAAGCUGUUGUUUUGAAUGCCUAUCUACUUCCAGGUACAAACAUAUACAUGCUCACUCUGGGAGAUUUUUGGAGCUCAUCUACCAUUGAUCUUUAUCUCCAUUGCAGAUACUAUGACUUGGUGCGUCCUGAUUAUGGGAUUCUGAGGAAAGGACGCGAGAUCUUUCUCACUGGAUGCCAUCUUAGGAGUGCCAGGGAAGGAUCUGGCCACCCACGGCUUUUGCCAACAGAAUACCUGGUGAUAUUGUUAGAUGAGGAUGAAGAUGAAGAUGCAAUGCUUCUUGGAGCUCAGUUUUGUUCAGAUUCUUUCUCUUCCAUCUCAUUUGAUGCUGUGAAGGACGGUACAUCAUAUUCCUUGUAUGCAAGGAUUGAAUCAAUUGGGUUAUUGGAAACUCAUGGAAAGUUCGGUUGUUUACAGCGGAAACAAAUCACUCUUGUUGAUAAUGAUGGUAUCAAGUUAAAGUUUCUCUUGUGGGGAGAGCAGGUUCUCCUUGCAAAUCUUUUCAGUGUAGGAAGUAUGCUUGCAUUGGAUAGACCUUUCAUUGCAAAUGUUAUAGACAGUGAUAUGCAAACAAAUGCUGAAAUCUGUCUUGAAUAUGGUAGCGCCACGCAGUUAUAUUUGGUCCCCUUUAUUCAACAUGAAGAGCAGGUACUUGUAGCAUCCACACCAAAUCGGUGUCAAGGAUCAAGGCUGUUGAAUGGAUUGAGCCAAAGUCAGGGUCCUAAAGUUUCUCAAGUGGCAUUGCCCUGCAAUUCUGAAGGCUCUAUUGACUUUAGUAAUUAUCCUUUCAGAUCAUUUAUUGUUGAUCUUCGUGACAAGAUGACUGGAAUCAGCCUUUAUGGUGCUGUAACAAACAUCUUAAGAGAAAGCAAUACUGAAGAAGCUAUAUUUUCUCUGACAAUUGAAGAUACAACAGGAGCAAUUGUGGCAAAGCUGCACUUUGUCAGAUCUUGGUCGUUGGGAAGAUUGGGCCUUGGUCACACAAUAUACAUUUCUGGCUUGACAUGUUCUAUUACCAAACAAAAGAAGCUGGAAGUGUUGUGGUUUGAGAAGGAGGUUGGAGCAUCUUUGGUUAAUCUAAGCUCCUUGCCAGCUCUGCUGAACUCAUCCUGUCUCCAUAAGUUAUCUUAUCUCUCUGAUCUCUCCAGCCAAACUAAUAUCAUGCAUAUAUGCAAUGUCCGCCUUGACCAGAUCGAAUAUCAUAACGUAAAUUCAAGAUUUUCCCAUGUGCUUUGUGGGCAAUCUGUGAAUGAGAAAUCCGAUGGGUUUGUGGAGUGCAAGUUCUGCCAUUGCACUUGUGAUGGUGAGAUCAUCCGUACCUUCCAUUUGGAACUGACCAUUGCAGAUGAGAGUGGAAAGAUUUUUGCAUGGUGUGCUUGUCAAACAGCAGCAGAGUUGCUGCAAAUUUCUCCUGAUGAAUUCUAUGAGCUGCCAGAGGACGAACAAGCUAUGUAUCUUUAUACGCUUGAAAAUGAAAGAUUCAUGGCUGCGAUUGUUAAUAACAAGAGGCGGAGCAAUGGGCUUGAUGGUUCAAACCUAGAAAAUGAUUCAACCACAUGGGAGAUUGUGCGCACUCUCAAAUGUGAAUAGCAUGUUGUCAUAUGGAAAGACUUGUUCUGGAUGUCAACACCUUUGGAGCAAAGGAUGCACGGCAGGCAUUGAGUCAGAAAUGGAAACAGUCACAUCUUGAUAAGGAUUGAAUGACUUGUCGAGUUGUAGAGGUGGGCCAGAGAUGCAAAGGUGGGGUGGAUCGAGGUGA